CCACCGCUCCUCUAGUCCCUUAUAUCGACUGUUAGGGAGAUGAAAACCACACAAUACGAGUUCUGACAUCUUGCAUCUUCUGUCGUACAGCUAUUUCUUCACGCUGCACUCCUUCUAUCGUCUAACCACUCUAUUGGCCUCCUAUCUAUUUGGUAGAACCCUGUUUUGAAUCCGCUGUGCAGAAGUGAUUGAUUGGUUGAUGGUUUGAUUGGUCACGAGGUAUCAGGCAGCAAGUCGUCUUAACUUAACGUUGGCCAGCUUUGGCCCGCGCAACAAUGCCAACUCAAACACGUUCUGGUGGGAAACCAUCCGCUGGCACGACGUAUAGAUCUACUGCCGCUGCUCCCAAACAGCGAAAGUUUCCACAUCGUCGACAGUCGACGAAGACAUAUGGACGUCGUCCGCCACUUGGUAGAAAGUUGAAACAGGAAACGUUGACACAAAUGGACUUCACUUCCCUCACUUCUUCGGCAAUGCAGGACUUUGUUGCUGACGACGACGAAAAGGAAGUAGAAGAGGCAAAGCAAGAGGAAGAGGAAGAGGAUGUUGAGUAUGAUGGCGAUAAGGAGAAUAUGGAGCUCAAACCGCCCAAGCCGGCUGGAAAAGCGAAGGCUAAGGCACAAUCACGCAGCAGCAGACGCAAGACUGCAGGUGAUGGACUGGAUAUUGAUGAGGUGCCACGAAAAUCCAAAAGGCGAAAGACUCUGGGGGAUUCGCCUAAUCCAAGCAUAUCAAGCAGCUUUCACACACAGACCUUAACCCAGAUGAUGUCCUCAAAUGAGAGAGACCGAGAAAACUGGCAGAUUGAAGACUCUGAAUACGAUGACGAGAAUGAUCUCCGGCUCGUUGCGAAGACCCCACGGAAGAGCACAGCGCAUUCUAUGAAGACUGGUACUCAAGAGGGUGCUGGAUCCGCCGUUCCCAGUUUGAUUGAGUCCGCCACACCCGUUAAUCGGCAGAAAAAGACCGAGAUACCAUCUUCGCAGUCACCGGCGACACCUAUGUUGUUGCGCUAUAGCCCACAACACUCGCCAUUAAUAACCAAGUCGACCAACGUCACAGCACCAUCUCCCAUUUUGAAAAACCAUAAGACACCUAGGAAUGCUAUUAUUCCUGACUCUUAUAGUACCGCUCAUGAAUCCUCUCCGAUUUCUGCUCAAAAGUCCACCGUAGAGGCAACGCCCUCGAAGAAGCUGCGUUUCGAACUUCCCGAGGAUAAGGAGAACAUUACACCUGGUAGAACGAAGCCAAAGUCUCCAAAACCAAAGUCUCAGUCUACUGGGCGGCGACCCCUGCAAGAGGUUCCCGAUUCUGACGAGGAGCUGGAAGACUUGGAUGAAACUGAGUACGAGACUGAGGAUGAUGAAUUUGAAGGCCCUGACCCUGACAGUCCUACCCCCCGGCGCUUUCAGAACGCAGUUCCACUAGUCAACAACUUAGAGCCACAACUGGGUCCGGAUAUUGACCAACCAGAACUAGAACAAACACCAACACGUGGCAGUCGAACUAUUACAGGACAGGGCUCGGCGGCUUUACUCGCUUCAGAGGAAGAGGAGCAUCUCUUUUUCUUAGAGCAGCCAAAUGAUUAUGAGCCAGGGGACGAAGACAUUUUCUUAGAGCAGCCAAAUGUUUAUGAGCCAGGGGACGAAGACAUUUUCUUAGAGCAGCCACAUAAUUAUCAGACAGUGGACCAAGAACUUGGUCAGGAGGAUAGGACAGAGGUGGAAGUGGAGAUACCAAACUCUCGGGUAGAACGAGACAACACCAACACGACUCCAGCUUCUAGGCUCGGGGGAACCAUAGAGUGUACCCUAUCAGAACAGGGUGAAAAUAACGCCACAACAGAUGAGGCACCCCCCUCACAAGAUAAUUGGUUUACCCAAGGGCUCGAGAGUCAGCGUUUGCCUCUGGAGUCGAUCCGCGCCCUUGGUCCUCAAACUCCUCAUUCCGAUAUCAUGGUUUCUUUACACCCUGAACAUAUAGCCAGAAUUGUGGACCAAACUAAGAAUCAUGAAUUCAGAGUCUGGAAAAUACCACAACAGGUUUCUCGGAUAUGGAUUUAUAUUACUCGGCCUAAAUCGCAGCUCCAGUAUAUGUGCCUCUUCAGCGAGCCGAAAACACCGGGCGAGAUAGAGGACGAGGGUGGCGUUGGUAACGUCGAAUUCAAUCAAGGGAAGAUGGCAGCAAAAUUCGCAUACGAGAUACUUCAAGUCUAUGAACUCAACAAUCCUGUCUCUUUGGAUGAGAUGAAGCGAAAAGGCUGGGUAGCAGGUCCUCCACAAAAAUAUACAUACAUACCCCCAGCCGUCGUGGGAGAGCUUACAGCUAACCUGAGAUGCGCUUUGUUUGGAGAAGCCUCUCAGUUAGAAGAUGCCAACCAUGAAGAUUUAUCAGAAUCUCAGGAACUAAAAGCACAGCUACAAAGCGAUGCAGAUUACUCUACGCAGCAACAUUCAGAGUCCACAAACGAGGUUAUCCCCGCAAGCCAGUCACCACAUAAGAACGGCGGUGCGAAUUCUGAAGCUGUGGUAGAUGAGCAAGGUUUUGUUAGGCCGGCGCUUUCCCGAGUUCGUUCUACAUCAUCCAACCACGAGUCGCCAUCGCUUCCUAGCCAGAAGCACCGCAAUUCGAUACGACCCUCUCAGGCUACUACGGUAAGCCAGGUGUCUUCAAGUCCGUUGAUUUCGCCGGGAAAGUUGGGCGCCCGUCCAGUGCCCGUCUCUAGCGAAACCGUAGGCAGUAGCCCGACAUUAUUCCGUCGCACGCACUCUUCUCUGCGAUCUUCUCAGUUCCUGACACCAAGUCAGAUGUUGCCUGAGAGCUUAUUGAACGCUGAUAUUCAUGAACCACCCCCUAUCGUUUGGGAUUCUGCAGACUCUGGGGAUUCUGAUUGAUGAUCUUCUUAACCGUUUUCGAUAUGAUGGGAUGACAAAGCAUUGGGAAAGGAAACGAACACGUAACAUUAUGUGGCGUUACAAAUGCGCGUUGUUACUUCUGGGACUCUGGUAGACAAUUCUGGCAACUAUAUGUAUAGUAAUAGCAUUGAAAUGAUGAGAAAUCGCACCCCUGGCUUUAUGAUUAUAUCUCGCCUUAGUCGAGCUGUAGAUACCUACCUCAAGGUAGGUUUACAUAAUAGUGUAGACCAGCAUAUCAACCCAC